CAUGUUACUUAAAAAAAGAGUUAAUUAUAAGUUAAAAAUUUGACAUCCACUUGCCAAGAUAUUAUCAUAGAAUAACAUAACAAUAAAUUAUUUAUUUUUCUUGGGUUGCAUAUUUUAAAAUUAUUAAAUUAAAACUAGUCAAGUCGCCUCAAAAUUCAACUUAAAAUGGCCUUGAUUUCAAUCGGUCAAACAGAUGUCUCCAUCAAACUUGCCCAUACAGUUUGGUACAUGCAUAUUGCUGACUGAUGGCCACCUUCAUACGACAGUGCAGACCAUGCUGGUCAUGUUGCAAGAAGAUGCAGGAGAGCUCUCAUUGGUGCAGACAGCUUGUAAGACCUAGACCAGUUUACUGCUUUCAGCAGUGGAAACAUGCCAGUGUGCUACAUAGAGGAAAUACUACACCGUGCAGUACACUAACAAGCUCCUUAAGUGUGUUAAAUAGAGCCAAUACUGCAUGGUACAAUACACUACCUACAUCCGCCAGUGUGCUACAUGGAGACAAUUCUGCAAAGGCCAGUACCCUACUUACCUCCUUUAUUGUGCUUUACGGAGGCAAUAGAUCACGAUACAGUACACUACCUUCUUCCUUUGCAGAAAUGACUCUGAAGAAUAAGCUGUUUAGUGAUUAUGUACAGCAUUUAGUCCAGGAAUAUGAAGAACUCUGUAAACAGAAAUCUGAACGUCAGUUGUUCAAAUCAGAGGCAAACCGGUUAUACCAGCUUGAAAAGCUCGUGGACUGUUAUGAACUGAUCCUGGCCAAGUAUGGGGAGCUGGAGGGGCUAUUGGAAAUGGUGAAAGAUGAAGGCUUAAAAGACAUGGCCACUGAAGAAGUUGACACCUGCAAGCAACUCAUCCAGCAAUAUGAAAAUGAUCUGGUAGGGUUGGUUAGUCCAGAUACCCGAGGUCCGUACGAUGACUAUGAUGUGUUCCUGGAGGUGGAGUGUGGGGCCGGCGGAAAGGAGUCCAUGCUGUUUGCACAAGAGAUCCUUGAUAUGUACGAGCGAUACGCACAACUUCGGGGCUGGGAAUUCACAGCGCAAAACAUAGAAAAAACAGAGGGAAUACGUGGCAUCCGGAAGGCGUGUGUAGGUGUGAGUGGGCAGGGCGUGUACAGACUGCUGAAGUAUGAGGGGGGCGUCCACAGGGUGAAGCGUGUGCCAGCCACAGAGACUGCUGGUCGCAUCCACACCAGCACUAUCACAGUGGCCAUCCUGCAGCAACCUUCAGAGAUAGAUUUGGAGCUGAAGCCAAGUGACCUGGAGAUCACAGCAUGCAAGUCCAGUGGUCCGGGUGGCCAGCAUGUGAACACAACAGAUAGCGCUGUUAGGAUCAAGCACAUCCCUACAGGACUUGUUGUUGAGUGUCAGGCGGACCGUUCUCAGAUCAGAAACAAGAAGCUGGCUCUUGCUAUGCUGCGGUCAAGAAUUCUGCAAAGGGAGCUUGCUGCACAGACAUCUAUUACUACAAGUCAACGGAAAAUACAAGUGGGGGAUAAAGAGCGGUCAGGAAGGAUACGAACAUACACAUUCAAUCAUGACACAGUGACUGACCACAGGCUGGGCAAGCAAGUGAAGGGUGUCGCAGACUUCUUGUCCGGAGGCCAGGCCCUUGAUGAAAUGAUUCAAGAUUUGCAGACUGAGGCCCAGCUUGAAAGCCUACAAAUUAAACUGCAGGAAUUUCAAGCUAUGAAAUCUUCUGAAACAUCAAAGAAAUUAAAGAAAAGUUGAUUUAUAUCAUGUUGAUUUACAAGUUAUAAUUUACACAAAUAUUUCUUAUAACAAUGCUAAGAUGCAACUCCACUUUUCAUGAAAUAUGUAACACAAAUUGGUUUAACAAAGGAGACCCUCUGGAUUUGUUAUUUAGUAACACAGUGUACUACCAGUACACUAGAGCAAAAACAGGGUCUAACAAUCCUAUUGUCAGUAUUCAUGGUCACAUUUCUUGUUUUAAUUAGUAAAUGUUUAUCCUGUAGUGUAUGUUUAGCAUGUAAGUACUACAGAUAUUAAACUUCUAACAUUUU